AAUGGAUUAUUUUAAAUAUGGAAAGCAUAAACCUACAAUCGCAGUAGUUAUACGCACUUCUUUAAGUACACAUUUAAGAACGAGUCUUAGUUAUUACUUAAGCACUUGAUUACAAGACAUGCGUCAGUAAUUUGGCAACGUGGCUCAAAUGAUGCCCGAAACUGAACGCGACGCACAUUUGGAGGCAGCUGAAAUGGCCAGCGGGGCCCUGGGUCACAAUUACGCUAACAUUGUGAAGGAUCAGCAACAGCAGCAGCAAUUGCAUCUCCUGCAGCAGCAACAUCAUCAAAAUCAACUUCAACAUCAGCAGCAGCAGCAGCAACAACAACACCAGCAAUCCAACACCGAUCUGUACAAGAUGGCCUGCAAUGGCUACAACUACAGCAGUCCGCUGACCAUACCGCCCACCUCGAUGACCAGCCACAUGGUCAGUCCCAUCAGCAGCAGCAAGGAGAAGCUGGUGAAUAUGUUGCGCGUGCGUGACAACAACAACAUGGCCAGCACGAUCUCCGACAGUCCACCCACCACGUUUCUGCAAAAGCAACUGGAGGCGGUUGUGGCGCCCCGCCCAAGUUCAGUGCAUCCCCAGCAGCUGCAGCAGCCGCAACAGCAGCAGCAGCAGCAGCAACGGCGUUCGGUCAGCACACCUGCAAUUACAACCACACCUGGUCCGCCCACCAAUUGGCAUGCCCAUGUCUACGAUCGCCUACCGCCACACCCGACGCCCCACUCCAUCGCCGAUAUCCUGGGCAUGUCCCUGGUGAAAAAGGAUCGGCCCGAGGGCGCCUUUGAUGCCCAGGGACCGGCCAAGUCGCCGAACAGCAUACUGAAACCGUAUCAGGAUCAGCAGCCCAUCCGCAGCUCCUCCAUUUCGAUGAGCGAUGCCAGCGAGGAAGACAGUGCCGCUGUUGCAGGGGCCACAUCUGUGGCAGCAGCAGCAGCAGUAGCAGCAACUGUUGCAACUCCGCUCGAUCAGCCGCUAAAUCUGUGUGUGGCCAAAAAGUCCCGCGACAGCAACAACUCACCCAUGCCGGCCACCAAACAGAGCCAAAUCCUCGGCAAGUCUGCUACCAAGAAGGAAAGCUCUGGCAAGCCGGCGGCCAAGAAAAAGAAGCUAUCGCCGACGGCAGCGGCAACAGUGGCUCUACCACCGGAUAUCAGUCCCACGGGCAGCAGCGAUAGUUUGAUGCGGGACAAGUUGAUGGCCACCAACAGCAGCAGCUCGCCGGGCAGCAAUCUGAAUCCGCAGCUGCAGAGCAAUGCGAACAGCACCUUGGAGACCACCGAGGAUGACUCCGAUUCCGGUUCGACGGAUGCCCGGCGCAAGAAGAAGGCACGCACCACCUUCACCGGCAGGCAGAUCUUCGAGCUGGAGAAGAUGUUCGAGAACAAGAAGUAUCUCAGCGCCAGCGAGCGCACCGAGAUGGCCAAGCUGCUGAUGGUCACCGAGACGCAGGUGAAGAUCUGGUUCCAAAACCGCCGCACCAAGUGGAAGAAGCAGGACAACGUCACGAAUAACGAGGCGGCGGAGCACAAAUCCUCGAAUGCGAAGCCAGGAGUAGCAGCCACAACAACAACAACAGCUCCAAGUGGAGAGCAGAGCGAAAAGAGAUCCGCCAAUGCGACUUCACCCACUGUUGGCAAUGCCGCCCCCGUUGCGGAGAGCAAGAAAUCUCCAAAGUCUCCGAAUCGCGGCAGUAACAAUAACAACAACAAUACGUUAAAUAACAAUGUUAGCAACAGCGAGGGAAAAGUGCCCGCCAAACAGAGUACCACCAAGAUUAAAAAGCAAUUGAAUGCGCUGCUGGAAAAGACGGUUAAAACGGCCAAUCAGGCACAUCGAAGUGCAGAGCUGGAAACGAGCGAUCAAAAACCCGCAGUUGAAAAAAGGCCAAAUAAUAGCAAUGAAAAUCAACUGCUACACCAGCGUUUGCAUCAGCAUGCCAUACCUUUAACUGUAGAACCAGCCGCUCCACUCGAACAAACCGAAAAAUUGGACAUAAAACGAGAGGAGUCUCCGCAGCACCGGGAAUUGCAGUUAAGUCUCCAAAGGGCGGCAAUUCAAAAUGGCCAGCUAACGGAAAUGGAUUUUGAAAGCAAAUUGGCCGCCAGUAAAAUAUCCAUUGCCUUGGCCAUGGCCAACAAACAAAUGCAGCCGGAGAAGAUGGUCAAAACCGAAAGUUCCUCAUCGGAGGGCGAAGGCGAGGGAGACGGCGAGGAAGAGGAGGAGGAGGACGUGUCCUCCAGCGAACAUGGCGACUCUACAGAAGCCCACGAUUCCCAGGAUCAGGAUGUCGCCAUGCGGGAGAUUUAAACAGAAAUAAAAAACACAGUCAAAUUAACUUGUGCCAAAAAGUCGAAUAUUGCUCAUCCACAAAGAGGAUAAACCAUCCCAAUAAACAAAAGAAAGAAAAAAAAGGAAAACUAAACAGCAAGAAAACCCCCAUAGUUGUAAUACUUAAUUGUAAUUUAAUUGUCGCGUAAUCCGUUCACCUUUAGGCUUGUAUUUUAUUUAUUUAAUAUACUUAAACGCUAAGGCUAGGCUUUUGUAAAUGUCGCAUUUAAAUGUCCGCGUAAACUAUGGCAAAUUGUAAUCUGAACUUUUGAGAAUUUCAUGUGAUAAUGUAUACGAGGCGAUUACAAAAUUGAUUUUACUACUUGAACUAUAAACUAUAAUGUAUGUAGGCCUAUAAGCUCUGCUACCCUGUAAAUUGCAAUUGAAUGAAACAUAUUUAUUGAGUGUUUGUACAAAAAAGGAAUUAAGGCAACAGAUAAAAAGAUAAAGCCCGGAAAAUGGUUUAAGCUCUGGUUAAAUUUAUCGGAACUUCACAAUUUAUCUACGAUUUAUUUAAGAACAAAUUGAAACAAGAUUGCGUUAUCGUUAUUCAGGUCAUCAAAAAAUAAGCGAAGCAUGUUUCCUAAAUUCGUUUUUAUAUAUUUUAAUGUUAACGAAACCUGAAUGGCAGUUUAGUUUAUUUUAAAUUAUUAAACCCUAAACUAUUCCGCUGAAUUUAACAGGAUUGAACGCACCGCCGUUACACAUUUUAAAUUCAACAAAUUAAACGAUAACAAAAUAAACAGAAUAAAAUUGAUCAAUCACA